AUGCAGUUCUCCACCAUCAUCUCCAGCCUCAUCAUUGCUGCCACCAGCAUCAACGCAGCUCCGGCCCUCGAGGCUCGUGAUCAAGUUGGACAAUUGGACUUCUGGUCCGCCCAAGGAUGCGCCCCAUCCGGCUCUUUCUGCAACCAUGAUUUCCCCAUCGAGCGUACUGGCUGUACUGCCGUCCCAGCUGGGUGCUCCAACGCCGGCAUCGUCACUGGACUUGCCGCAGGCUGCACAGUCACCCUAUGGACCGACAGCACCUGCACGAGCGUCAACAACUUUAUCGAAGUCAGCACCCCCAAGAACAACAUCGGUGUAUGCCAGGACCCUGGAGCGGCCCCUAUUGGAUCCAUUAGCGCUGUUUGCGUCUAA